GGUUGGGAUCAAAACAGUCCAGCAGGGAGAGCAAAGGGCAGGCGCACGAACGAACCGAAACAAAGAGCUCAUUCCCCACUUCCCCAGGGUAGACAGGGUUCCACCACCUUGGGAAGACAACAGCAUCACUCCGAAUGGUUCCCCUUUCCCUCCUUCUCCCUCAGAUAUAUGGCUGAGCAUGAGGCCAUAUGGUCUGGGAUAUCCCUCGGGUCAUUUGGGGUCAGCUGUCCUGGCUGUGUCCCCUCCCAGCUCCUUGUGCACCCCCAGCCUCUCGCUGCUGGGGUGGGGUGAGGAGCAGAGAAGGCCGUGGCUCAGGAUAAACCCUGCUUAGCAGUAACAAAAACAUCUCUGAGUUAUCGGCACUGUUUCCAGCAUAAAUCUAAACCUCAGCCCCACACCAGCUGCUGUGAAGAAAAUUAACUCGAUCGCUGCCCAAACCAGCACAACGUGCUAUACUGCAUUUUCUGCUUCUCCAGAGAGUGUUCUCCAAGGGAAAAAUAAGCUAUUUUCUACGUUUCUUUAACAGCUUUUGGAAACAAAGAAUCUCUCUGCUGUCGUGUAAAACAGGUUGGCUGGGCUCUAUUUCUUGAGUUUAUCCUCACUUGUAAUUUCAUAUAAUCCAGCUGUGUGGGGAGGCGGCUGAAGAAAGACGGAAGAAAACCCAGUGAAAGAAAGUUAACACUGCUAUCACAGCCUCAGUGCGAACGGCCGCACUGCAAACCUGCCGUUCCGGACCUUUCCCGCUGUACGAGCCUGUGCAGUAAGAACCGUGUGAGCUCUGGGUGCUUGUCAAGAAGAGCCUUGUCCAGUGUCCGGCCUUUAGAGAGAGGCCCAGGAGCUCCGGGAGCCGCCGGGCCGUGUUCCCCCCGAGUGCCGUGGAGCCGCCCCGGCGGGCGGGGCCGGGCGCGCGGGGGCCGGGCCAGGCGGCUCCGAGCCCGCCGCCGCCGCCAUGCCCAAAGUGGUGUCGCGAUCCGUCGUGUGCUCCGACACCCGCGACCGCGAGGAGUACGACGAUGGGGAGAAGCCGCUGCACGUCUACUACUGCCUGUGCGGGCAGAUGGUGCUGGUGCUCGAUUGCCAGCUGGAGAAGCUGCCGAUGCGGCCGCGGGACCGCGCCCGCGUGAUGGAUGCGGCCAAGCACGCCCACAAGUUCUGCAACGCCGAGGAGGAGGAAAGCGUCUUCCUGCGCAGACCCGAGGGCAUAGAGCGGCAGUUCAGGAAGAAGUGUGGCAAGUGUGGACUGCUGCUAUUUUAUCAACACCAACAGAAAAAUGCUCCUGUGACGUUUAUUGUUGACGGUGCUGUGGUCAAAUUUGGCCAGGGUUUUGGGAAAACAAACAUAUAUACUCAGAAACAAGAACCUCCUAAAAAGGUGAUGAUGACCAAACGGACCAAAGACAUGGGCAAGUUCAGUUCUGUCACAGUCUCCACAAUUGAUGAAGAGGAGGAGGAGAUUGAAGCGAGAGAGAUUGCAGACUCGUAUGCACAGAAUGCAAAAGUGAUUGAGAAGCAGCUGGAACGCAAAGGCAUGAGCAAGAAAAGGCUACAAGAGUUGGCUGAGUUGGAAGCCAAGAAAGCCAAGAUGAAGGGAACCCUGAUUGAUAACCAGUUCAAAUGAAAUGCUGUGUAUCUGCUGGGUAUUCGGAGACAGGAGAAAACUACCAAGAGCUAUCACAAUUCUGUCAACAAAGCAGAAGUAACAGACUUUGUUCAAGAGUUGCACUGUGCUGCAGACAGCUUGGAGGAUGGGAACCUCUCUGUGUCUCUCUGUAUAAGUGAUACUCUGGGUACCAGUCUUAACUCCAGUGGCACUGGAGACUUUGCUCAAACUGCAGUUCCCUACAGACCCAGUGUUAUGAGCAGGCUGUUGCAGGUAUAAUAUUUACUUUCAAGAAUAUCUUUGCUGGGUGCCUUGCCAGGUUCACCUUUAGAUACCUGUCUUUUUAUUUUGUAAUUUUCAAAUGUAUUUCCUUGAAUGCAUUAGAACAAUGGGUAACUGUACAACACAGAAAUCCUUACAAAAGUAAGGUCUAUGCCUGUUGUUCAUUUUGUUAUUUUAAAUGUGUCGAAAAGGUGCAGCAGCCUGAGCUCCAAUACAUACAGUCUAGAACGACUGGGAUGCAAGGCUUGGGCAUGGUGCUGCUGCUCACCCUGACCUGCCAGAGGCAGCCAGCACAGACUGGGCUGCAGCACAGCAGUCUCUGCUCCUGCUGAACAUCACAAGGCUGCAGUUGUACAGAAUUACACUGUCAGAACAGACACAAGAAUAUAAAAUCCAAGCCUGUAAAUAAAAACUGGUACUAAUGAGUUCAAAUACAUGGUUGGAAGUUACUGAUACAGCCAGUGAUCAUUAAAGAAUACAACUGCACAUCUGAACUAGCCAAUUGGGCAAAACAGUAUUGGUAUUUGGAGUUGUGAAAUGUGAAGGAAAAAUUGUUUUGAGUGUACUGACCACUAAGGACUUGAAUAGACAACAUUACACGCCAGUUUUUAAAAUACCUUGUUUGGGUACUUUGUGCCUCUUGUGUGAUAUAAUAACAGUGCUCUCUAGCCCAUGUCUUUGUUGCUCUGUGUUGGAUUAAAUACCAUGUUACAGAUCUAAACUAAAA